AUGAAAGGCCAAGCGGACUUGUCGUCGCAGAAUGUGGCGCGAGGCUCGCCCAAGCGAAGCCCCGUGCGUCUGGCACGAUUAAAAAUGCUUCAAUGCGCCAUCAACACUCGCAACUGCGACGUCCGAGACCUUACGGAUCAAGUUCCAAGUGCACGAUCCGAACGACGAAUCAAUCGACUCGAAGGACCACAGGACGAGAUGUUAGCGACUAUGGGGCCAUUGGGAGGACUCAUGGGUCCUGAAUUAAAUGGCACAGAACCGCCACGAAAGCAGAGGAAGUUGUUGCAGGCGUCAUAUCGACCAGGAGAGAAGGUGACGGCAAGUGUCGAAGACAGAGGAUACUAUCGACUAAGCGACCGCAUUGGAGCGUAUUAUACGCAAUCAGCUCGAACUCUUACCAUCGAGAGGAUAUCGAGCUUCACGAAACGAGAAGCUCACAUGCCCGUAAGCUUAACCAAGCCAGUGCGUUUACCGUCAUCAAGACCCAUGGCAAUGUGUCCUGCACUCACUUCUCAAACCAAAUCCCAAUCAUCAUUGGGCUUAAAACAAGAAGAAGCUCCACUUUCACCUCGAGAGGAACGACCAGACAACACUGAAUACGACCAAGCUGAUCAGCUAAGUGUAUAUAUCGACGGGUCCAGGGCAUACGCACGUCAUGUGGAAAACAGUCAAGGUAUUUUUCGAUCACCGUCUCCUACGAAACCUUCGCUCCGAAGUCCCAAGUCACGAUCAAAGUUUUCUCUAGAUGCUCACGAGAAGACGAGUAGAACACUGCUGGAACCUGUGCAGGCUACACCUCGCACGUUUGAACUAGAGAAACGACGAUACGUGAAAACGAUGGAAGCGUACUGGAAGCAAGUGGACUUGUAUCUCGCUGCAGCAAGGACGGUACCGAUGGCAACUGAACGUCCUCAUCGCAUUCUUCGACGCUUGCAAGUCCCCCCUCCAACUGGACUGGAUACUCAGGGCUUACAGGCAUUCGAUGAGCGAAGUGAAGCUUUGAUCGCCGAUAUUUUCCAGGAAGUCUAUGCAGAUUACUAUGAGACCGUGGCGCGUUGUAUGUUGUCGUACGAUCUUCUUGAUGCGAACACGUGCUUGGCCAUGAACAUCUACCCUCCGUUCUUACAGGCGGAGCAGAAAUGGUGGACCGAUGCGACGUACCAGUCUGAUGCGUGGCGUGUUCUUCGCCGAACUGGAGUAAGCAGCGACCGAGCGGAAGUGGCACGAAGUCGAAUCCAACAGAACUUGUUUGCUAUCAACCCAGUGACGUUCGCUCUUCAAGACCAGUGGGUCAUGGAGACGCCUCCACCGGAGUGGGAGAUGUCGCCAAACGGAGGAGGGGCGACUUAUUCGACCAUUCUAUUCGUCGACCUUCACAGUCGCGAAUUUCGAGCGACGUUGCCAAAAACUGUGGAUCAUUUCGUAGAUGCCAUCUCAAAACGUGCCGGUCUUGUCAAGGAUUGCUUGAAAACGUGCUGGGUUACAGCAGCAGCGAAGAGAGUGAACGAGUGUACGCUUCAACUGCACUACUACAGCGUUCGCAGUGGCACAAACGCAGCAGAAAACACGGUACUCCCUGGACUGAUAGGAGCUGUGAAAGCCGCUCCGAUUACCCGUGCGUCACCGUCUAAAUCCAAGACCGAUGCAUCGCGAGACCAUGAGAGUCACAACAAGCUUUUACGAAACCGACUGGACUUUGAAGGACUGACCCAGAAACCUCAAGCUAAUCGGCAGAAUAGUCCAAAUCUUAGCGCAGAAGACACUGAAGCGACCCAGUACCAGAACUUCUCUGGUGUCCUGGAUGCAGCGGCAGUUCUGAUGGCGAGGAAUUUGAGAGAGUCGGUGGAGACUUCAGUAAACGCGUUCGUUGGCUUCAUUCGCCAAUUCUCGAGUCCGACGUUUAAUGGCGAGUCUGCACUGCUUCUUGCGGUGGACUGCACUAUCACAAGCGAUGGGACCAUUCGAACACAGGACGGCUUCUUCAUUGAGCCUUCUCCUAGUGCUUUACGAGAGAAAGUCGCGUCCUGCAUCGAUAUCAUCGUCGAGUCAUCCCAUGGUUUCCCUCGAAUCGACGGCCAGACGAAAAUUCCUCCCAAGCUUCGUAGCUCGGCUACGCUCGGACCCAGCACAAUGAUAUUGGAUGAUACGUUCGUAGUAAAGGCGAAGAACACGUUGGCGGAGCUUAUAGCUGAGCAUAUGCACGAUCCGACCGAGAUACUAGCUCUCUUCCAGCCGUACGACCACCUCGUAAAUGGAGAAUAUGAGGCCAAACUCGAGGCGCUGAUAGAAUCAAGCGACAAGCUACUGCAUGGCCCGGAGCCAGCAACUGCCAAUGACAUCCUCAGUGGAUACUGGGGCGAGCUUAACGAGCUAAAACACUUGGAAACCCAAGUCAAGGACGAUAUCUUCGACAAAUACAGCUUCAAGCUCUUAGCAAUCUCCUGCACUGACGUGAAAGUCAAGCUCGUCAACAAGAUCAAAUCUCACGCAAACAAAGUUCUGAGUAAAGUGUCGGCUGACAACACGAGGCAGAUGAGCUCGAUGAUUGCAGAAUACGAGCAAAUUGGCGCAAAACUGGUCACGGAGCCGUUAGAUUCGUUCGAACUCAAAGCGCUGGACAAGUUCUACGUCACCAGCAUCGAGCUCAUUGAUGCUUUAAACAUUAAACUCUUCGAAGACGUGUAUCGCUGUAUCCAAUUCCUAAAGGACUUUGACUUUCAGAUGUCUCGCGAAGAGAUCCAACUUUUCUUCAAUACAUUUCGCUGGCCAGAAAAUAUCAAAGGAUUUCAAAGGAAAAGCAUGGAGCUUCAGACCAAACGACAACAUGAACUGGAGCUAAUCGUGGAAGGCCGUCAGGAACAGCUCACCACGCAGUUUUCGUCCUUGCAACGUCGUAUCGAGAAGAUGAGAGAUUACGCGAAUCUUGCAGACUCGGAAAGCAUUUUAAAGCGCAUCGAAGCAGCCCGAAAGUCACUUGAGGACGCUGAAGCUGAAGCGGAAUCCAUUAAAGAGCAGGAGACGAUGCUGGGUAUGAGUGUCACCAACAACCAGACUGCUCUGACAGAUCUCUACGACAUGCUAGGCCCCAUUGAGAAGCUGUGGACUACGAUAUCGCAGACGAUGGAGAAGGUGACGUUCAGUCGCGAGGCUCCGUUAGCAAGUGUGAACGCCGAAGAGAUCGAACGCGACUGUGACCAGUUCCGUCGCACUAUUGUGAAGAUUAUCAAGGAAUGCGAGAAGAACACCGACGUAUAUGCUGUGCCCAUCGCAAUGGCGCAAGAAGUGAAGAAGACGCUGGAUGAUAUGCUGGAUAACAUCAUCCCAUUGAUGGCUCUGCUGUGUACUCCUGGAAUCCGCGAACGUCAUUGGGAAGAGAUCGAACGUAUCACUGGAAUCGAGGUGCAAGUCCACGAGGGAUCGAACAUCAACCAGAUGAUUGAGCUCGGUUUGCACCGACAUACAAGUGCGAUCGAGGAAACGUGUGUCAGUGCUUCGAAGGAAUAUUCACUUGAAAAAGCUCUGGACAAGAUGGAGACGGAGUGGGUGGGUAUCAACUUCUCGACGAAGGAGUAUCGGUCCACAGGUACGUCUAUUCUGUGCUCGACCGAUGAAAUCCAGCAAAUUAUCGACGACCAGAUCGUCAAGACCCAAUCCAUGCGUGGAAGUCGAUACAAUAAGCCGUACUUUGAACGGAUCAGUAAAUGGGAGAAGAUGCUCAUCUGUAUCCAAGACAUCAUGGAUAACUGGAUCAAGGUGCAGGCAACGUGGCUCUACUUGGAGCCAAUCUUCAGCUCGGAUGAUAUCAUGCGGCAGAUGCCUACGGAAGGUGCGCUUUUCCGAAAAGUUGACUCGAAUUGGCGUCGAAAUAUGCAGGAGACUGUGGCUUCUCCUGCUGUUUUGACGGUAGCAGAGCGUAGCGACUUGCUACCAAGUCUGCAGCAGUCGAAUGCAGACUUGGAUACGAUCCAGAAAGGUCUGAACGACUAUCUGGAGACCAAGAGACUGUACUUCCCGCGCUUCUUCUUUUUAUCGAACGACGAACUACUUGAAAUUCUCGCCGAAACCAAAGAUCCGCUACGUGUACAACCACAUUUAAAGAAGGCGUUCGAUGGUAUUUCUCAGCUUGAGUUCCAGGACAACUUGGAUAUCACUGCCAUGCUCAGUCCCGAGAUGGAAAAAGUACCUUUCCAAUACGAGAAAAUCUCGCAAAAUCUCAUUAAUCCUAACAAUUCUGGAGGAAAUGUCGAGGUGUGGCUAGAAGAAGUCGAGAUGACGAUGAAGAAGAGUGUGGCUCUCCAUUUGGACGGAUCGAUUGUGGAUUAUCCGACCAAAGAUCGCUUGGAGUGGGUGCAGCAGUGGCCUGGCCAAGUUGUACUGGCUGUUAACCAGACGAUGUGGACACAGCAGAGUGAAAAAGCACUAAACAGCUGCACGCAAGACCCGGAUGCACUACGUGAACACUUGGAAGUACUGAGGACAGAACUGAAGCGAACGGUUGAGAUGGUCCGUGGUGAACUGCCCAAGCUUAUUCGUAUCACACUGGGAGCUCUUGUCGUCAUGGACGUACACAACCGAGACACAAUAGCCGAGCUAGUCGACCUUAAGAUCACGGAUAAAACAGACUUCGACUGGCUUGCGCAAUUGCGAUACUACUGGGUCCAAGGUGGGGUCUCGGCGACAACUGGCAAGCCCCAUACUCUUGAGUGUCGGAUGAUUAACACCCUCGCACUCUAUGCGUUCGAGUAUCUCGGCAACAGUAUGCGUUUAGUGAUCACUCCCCUAACCGACAGAUGCUACCGAACUCUAACCGGAGCGAUUCACUUGAAUCUCGGAGGUGCACCGGAGGGUCCUGCAGGCACGGGCAAGACAGAGACGACCAAGGAUCUGGCCAAGGCAAUUGCCAUUCAGUGUGUGGUCACGAAUUGUUCCGAUGGUCUCGAUUAUCUGGCAAUGGGCAAGUUCUUUAAAGGUCUUGCGAGCUCGGGGGCAUGGGCGUGCUUUGACGAGUUCAACCGGAUUCAACUGGAAGUUCUGUCGGUCAUUGCUCAACAAAUUCUGUGUAUUCAGUUGGCGAAAGCUCAGCAUCUUGCCCACUUCCUUUUUGAAGGCACCGAGCUGCGACUCAACCCGACGUGUUGCCCUUUCAUUACUAUGAACCCUGGAUAUGCAGGACGCGCAGAACUACCGGACAACUUGAAAGUACUGUUUCGAACGGUGGCAAUGAUGGUCCCGGAUUACGCGAUGAUUGCCGAAAUUAUGCUGUAUUCGUACGGGUAUAUGGAUGCCAGUGCGUUGUCCAAGAAGAUCACGACGACGUACACGCUGUGCUCGGAGCAAUUGUCGUCUCAGUCUCACUAUGACUACGGAAUGAGAGCUGUUAUGGCUGUACUGCGAGCUGCUGGCAACUUGAAGCGAGCAGAGGGACAUCUGCGAGAAGAUACUCUGGUACUCCGGUCGAUUAUUGACGUCAACUUGCCCAAGUUCCUGUCUCCGGAUGUGCCUUUAUUCAACGGUAUCGUAUCGGAUCUCUUCCCUGGCGUGACUAUUGAUCCUCCGGAUCGACGGGAUAUGCUGAAUUCCAUCAGCCACGUGUGUAAGCAGAUGAAUCUGCAACCUGUACCUAAUUUUGUGGAAAAGGUGAUUCAGAUCUACGAAAUGAUGAUCGUACGUCACGGAUUUAUGGUCGUCGGUAUGCCGUUUUCAGGCAAAACGUGUUCGUGGCGAGUGUUGUCCGAAGUAUUAGCCCAUUUGCAUCAGCAAUUUCCGACUGACACUCGCUAUACCAACGUCAUCGUGUCGGUGAUUAACCCCAAGUCGGUGACAAUGGGACAGCUGUAUGGCCAAUUCGACGCCGUCUCGCACGAAUGGAAUGACGGCGUGCUUGCCAUCAACUACCGAAAUCUGGCGAAUAACCCCUCUCCAGACCGCAAGUGGUUAAUGUUCGACGGCCCCGUUGAUGCGGUUUGGAUUGAAAACAUGAACACUGUACUUGACGACAACCGUAAAUUGUGUUUGAUGAGUGGAGAAAUCAUCGCGAUGAGUUCAGUCAUGAGCAUGAUGUUCGAGCCCAUGGAUCUGCUUGUGGCUUCUCCUGCCACAGUCUCUCGUUGUGGGAUGAUUUACAUGGAACCCGAGCAAUUAGGCUGGAUCCCAGUGCUUAAUUCUUGGCUCGACUCCGUCACAGUUGUGGAAGGCAGCAUGGAGCCUCCUGUUGGGCCGUUUGAAAUCAAUAGCGAGCAGCGAAUUCUCAUCUACUUCCUCUUCUCUUGGCUUGUUGAACCGUGCAUUGCUUUCGUUCGGAAAGAGCUGGUGGAGCUCUCACCGACUGUGGAUACGAACCUGGUUCAGAGUCUUAUACACAUCUUGGAGGCGCAGCUGUGUAAGCUGCCGAAAGAUGCAGCGUCCAAGAAAAAAGCGACGAUUGAAGCGCUCUUUAUGUUCUCACUUACAUGGUCGGUAGGUGAAAGUAUCAGCGCAGAAGGUCGAAUCAAGUUUUGCGACUUUGUUCGCUCUAUCAUGGAGAAUAUUCAGUCGCUUGAGAGCAAAUACAUCGUCGUAAGUCGAGCACUUCAAGUACGCAAGUGGGAGAAACCGGUCUUUGAAGAAGGCAAGAAUACGUAUUCGUUAGCCAUCCCAGUGCCUGGCAAAGGGAACCUACACGACUACUACUUUAGUAUCGAAGACAACAAGUGGUUCAAGUGGGAAGAGAUGCUCAAACCGUACGUCAUUCAGCCCAACACGCCGUUCAACCAGAUCGUCGUGCCUACAAUCUUCACUGCUCAAUUGGAAUAUCUGGUCCAACUCCUUGUGACGAACAAGAGGAAAGUAUUGGUGUGCGGACCCACAGGAACUGGAAAAUCUUGUUACAUGACUUCGAUUCUGAACGAAGUCCUGCCACAAGAUCAGAAUUCAGUCAUUAUGCUGUCAUUCUCGGCGAAAACUUCGGCAAAUAUGACGCAGAAUAUCAUCGACGGGAAGCUUGAUAAGCGUCGUAAGGGAGUCUUCGGCCCGCCACUAGGCAAGAACGCUAUCGUUUUCGUCGACGAUCUCAACAUGCCAUUGGUGGAAACGUAUGGUGCUCAACCACCGAUUGAGUUGGUGCGACAGCUCAUCGACAGCGAAGGGUACUACGAUCUCAAGGAAAUGUCGUGGCGAAAGAUUGUCGAUACUAUUGUUCUCGCAGCUAUGGGACCUUCCGGAGGUGGACGGAAUAACGUCACUCCUCGCUUACUUCGACACUUUAACCUGUUGUGCUUUUCCGAGUUUGAUGACGCGACACUCACUCGUAUCUUCACGACGAUUCUGGACUGGUACUUCGGCUCAAACCCCUUCGUUCCAGAGGUUAAACGACUGUCGGAAGCCGUGGUUUCCGCCACCUUGGAGCUGUAUCAAUCCGCGAUGAUGUCGCUUCUCCCCACUCCUAAAAAGUCUCAUUACACAUUCAAUCUAAGAGAUUUCUCUCGCAUCGUCCAAGGAAUUAUGCUUGUGGUACCGAACGACCAGUUCAGUGCUAAUAGUUUAGUCAAGUUGUGGGUACACGAAUCGCUUCGAGUGAUUGGUGAUCGUUUGAUCGACGAUGAGGAUCGAGAAUGGUUCAAUGACGUUCAGAAGAAAAUCACCAUCAAACACUUUGCAACUAACUUUGACAAGGUUUUUGCAAGCCUCAAACGUGGUCAAGAAGGCCCCGUUACAGCUGUUGACAUGCGGAAUCUCUUCUUUGGAGACUACAUCGAUCCCGAUGCAAGUCCGAGACUCUACAAAGAAGUCGACGUUCGUCUGGACUCUGAUUUCGACGGUAUCGCACAACUGAUUCAAUGUCUUGAUGGAUACUUGACGGAGUACAAUGGAAUUAGUCGCAAGCCAAUGAAUCUCGUCAUGUUCUUGUUCGCCAUCGAGCAUUUAUCGCGAAUAGUUCGCGUACUCAAUAUGCCUGGAGGGAACGCGCUUCUUGUCGGUGUAGGUGGCAGUGGACGUCAGAGUCUUACGCGGUUGUCAGCGUUUAUAGUCGACUUUGAGAUCAAGCAGAUCGAAAUCUCAAAGAACUAUACAAUGACCGAGUGGCGCGAAGACAUGAAAGAUGUCUUACGUAUGGCUGGCACUGGUGCAAGACCGCUGGUGUUCUUGUUCAGUGAUACGCAGAUCAAAUACGAUGGCUUCGUGGAAGACAUCAACAAUAUGUUGAACUCAGGAGAAAUCCCCAAUUUGUUCCCGUACGAUGAACGUGUGGGCAUCUGUGAAGCUGUUCGUCCUCACGUUAAGGAAAAAUUCGGCAAGGCAGUGGGGGACAAUAUGAACCAAAUGCAACUGUACGCGUUUUUCCUGCAGCGAGUGCGUAGUAACUUGCACAUUGUGCUGGCAUGUUCGCCUAUUGGCGACGCCUUUAGAGACAGAUUGCGGAAGUUCCCGUCGCUGAUUAACUGCUGUACCAUUGACUGGUUCACUGCGUGGCCGUCCGAUGCUCUUGUGGCUGUAGCUGAGAAGUUCUUAGCUGACGUCGAGAUGGAUAGUGCAAAUGUCCGCAAAGCCAUUGUAGACACUUGCCAGUAUUUCCACGUUAGUGUGAUGGAGCUGUCCGAUAAGUUCUUGAAGAAUCUGCGUCGUCAGAAUUACGUGACACCGACGUCGUAUCUCGAGCUUAUCGUGGCGUUUAAGAGUUUCCUUGCACGUCGUCGCGAGGCUGUACAAGGUGCUCGGAACCGGUAUGUUGUGGGUCUGGAGAAGAUCAACUUUGCAGAAAACAAUGUGGCGGUGAUGCGAAAAGAGCUGGAAGACUUGCAACCUGUUCUUGAUCAGUCUAAAAAGGACACAGAUAUUCUGAUGGAGGAGAUCAAGGCCAAGCUCCCUGGAGUCGAGGUACAGCGUAGUGAAGUACAAGCUGACGUCGCGGUGGCCGAUGCUUCUAAGGCGGAGUGUGAACAACAGAAGGCCAGUGUCGAGGCCGAUCUCGCGGAAGCCAUCCCAGCAUUGGAAGAGGCUUUAAAAGCUUUGGACACUAUCAAACCCAGUGAGAUCAACGAAGUCAAAGCCAUGAGUAACCCGCCAGCAGGUGUGAAACUGGUAUGUGAAGGAGUUUGCGUCAUGCUUGGCAUCAAACCUGCUCGUAUCCCAGACCCCCAAGAUCCAUCCAAGCGUAUCAUGGACUACUGGGGCCCUUCACAGAAGAUGCUCAGCGAUCCGACUUUUAUCACGACGCUCAAGAAGUUUGACAAGGACAAUCUUGACUCAAAAAUCAUGAAAAUCGUUGUCAGUAAGUAUAUUGCGGACGAGAAUUUUAGUCCAGAAAAGGCAGAAAAGGCCUCGAAAGCAGCAGCAGGAUUGUGCAAAUGGGUCCACGCGAUGGCUUUAUACGACAAUGUCUCAAAGGUUGUUGCACCCAAGCGUGAGGCACUACGCGUAGCUGAAGCGCAACUCGCUGAAGUGAUGCAGAAACUCAACGAGAAACUGUCCCAGUUGAAACAAGUGGAGGACGGUUUAGCAGAGUUGCAGCGGCAAUUCGACUUUGCAACCAAGCAAAAGGAAAACCUCGAGUAUCAAGUGGAUCUUACAGGUAAGAAACUCAUCCGAGCGUCCACAUUGAUUGAAAGCCUUGGAGGUGAGAAGACGCGAUGGACCGAGUUUGCAGAGCAAUUAGCGGCUCAGUACAGCAGGUUAACUGGAGACGUGUUAGUCUCGGCCGGAGUUGUGGCAUAUCUCGGGCCUUUUACGUCGUUAUACCGACAAGAUGCGGUACAGGACUGGGUGGGUCGUUGCAAGCAGCUUGGUAUUCCUUGCAGCGACUUCCCAUCUCUCAACGGAUCGCUUGGCGACGCUGUGCAAGUACGAAAGUGGAAUAUCGACGGACUCCCCACUGACGGCUUCUCGGUUGACAACGGCAUCAUCGUCUUCAACUCACGUCGAUGGCCACUAAUGAUUGACCCACAAGGCCAAGCUAACAAGUGGAUCCGUAAUAUGGAAAAAGAUAACCAAAUGACGGUGAUUAAACUCACAGAUGCCGACUACAUGCGAACGCUAGAAAACUCAGUUCAGUUUGGCACUCCCGUGUUGCUGGAAAAUGUUGGCGAAGAGCUUGACCCGUCACUGGAGCCUUUGCUACUGAAGCAAACUUUCAAACAAGGCGGAGUGACGUGCAUUCGUCUGGGUGAUUCGACUGUUGAGUAUGCGGAGAGCUUCCGCUUCUACAUCACGACCAAGUAUCGGAACCCACACUAUUUGCCGGAGGUUUCUGUGAAGGUGACAUUGUUAAACUUUAUGAUCACACCUCAUGGUCUUGAAGAUCAACUUUUGGGUAUUGUUGUUGCUCAAGAGCGACCAGAUCUGGAAGAGCAGAAGAACAAAUUGAUCGUACAGAAUGCGCGAAACAAGGGACUACUCAAGGAGAUUGAAGACAAGAUUCUCAACAUUUUGUCAUCGUCCCAAGGAAAUAUUCUCGAGGACGAAGAUGCUAUCAACACGAUGAACCAGAGUAAACAAGUCGCAGACGAGAUCAAAAAGGAGCAACAAGUUGCCGAGAAAACCGAGCUGGAGAUCGAUUCGGUCCGACAAGGCUACAAGCCUGUGGCUUAUUCAAGUCAAGUGCUUUUCUUCUGUAUCGACCAGCUUGCGAACAUUGAGCCAGUGUACCAGUACUCGCUCUCCUGGUUCAUCAACUUGUUCAUCGCCAGCAUCCAGAACAGCGAUCGAUCGCCCGAUCUCACCCAGCGACUGCACAAUCUUGACGCUCAUUUCACGUACUCGCUUUAUCGCAAUAUCUGUCGCUCCUUGUUGGAGAAAGACAAACUCAUGUUCUCGUUCCUACUCUGCAUUUCUAUCAAGCAAGGAAAACACGAAAUCGAGAGUAGCGAGUGGUAUUUCUUGCUCACUGGAGGUGUAGCGCUCUCUGAACCGCCUCCGAAUCCGGCCAAGCUGUGGCUAAGUGACAAACAGUGGGCCGAAUUCUCGAGACUAAGCGCACUACCAGCGUUCCAAGGCAUCAUCGAGGAUUUCGUCGAUAACGAGGACCAAUGGAAGGCUGUGUAUGAUAGUCCAAUCGGUCAUACUCUCCCGUUCCCCGGUGUGUUAGGGAAAGUUAGUGAGUUCCGUCGACUACUCGGUCUACGAUGUAUCCGUCCUGAUCUUCUCGUCGUUGGAAUUCAGCAGUUCCUGGUCAAGGAAAUGGGUGAAAAGUUCGUCAAACCUCCGCAGUUCGAUUUGGUGCUCUCUUACUCGGACAGCAGCGUGUCGUCGCCUUUGGUGUUCAUCUUGUCGCCUGGAUCCGAUCCGAUCAGCUCUGUGCUGAAAUUUGCCGACUCGCUUCGUCAAAGAGCAGAAACGAUUUCUCUUGGUCAAGGUCAAGGCCCCAUUGCCGAGCGUAUGAUUGUCCGUGCGCGUGAAGCAGGCUCUUGGGUUGUGUUGCAGAAUUGCCACUUAGCACCAAGUUGGAUGCCAGUGAUGGAGAAGAUUGCGGAGGAUAUUAAGCUUGACAACACACAUCCAGAUUUCCGGUUAUGGUGCACAACGUACCCGUCCGAUGUUUUCCCCGCAGCUGUACUGCAAAAUGGAGUUAAAAUGACGAACGAACCGCCACAAGGUCUUCGUGCAAACCUCAUGAGCUCGUAUAUGUCCGACCCCAUAGGUGAGCAAGGGUUCCUGGAAUCUGUGGUCAAAGGCACAGAGUUCCGUGUACUUCUUUACUCGCUGUGUUUCUUCCACGCUUUGGUGCGUGAACGUCGCCAGUUUGGUCCUUUGGGCUGGAAUAUUCAGUACGAAUUCAACGAGUCCGACCUGAGCAUCAGUAUUCGUCAACUAGCCAUGUUUAUCGAUGAAAACGCGCAGUUGCCGCUACGUGCGUUGAAUUACUGCACCGGUGAGUGUAAUUACGGUGGGCGUGUGACGGACGACAAGGACCGACGGACACUUAUGUCUGUUCUGGGCAAAUUCUACUGCGUAGACGUGUACAAAGAGGGCUAUGCGCUCGAUGAACAAGGGGUCUACACAAUGCCGCCUGAUGGUGACUAUGAUUCGUAUCUUAAGUUCAUUGAAAGUUUGCCGCUAGUGGCUCCUCCGGGAGUGUUUGGACUGCACGAUAAUGCAACGAUCACGAAAGAUCAGAAUGCAACAGCCAAGCUCUGUCGCGACGUGCUACUUACUCAAAGUUCGGGUGGUGGCAGUGAAGGCAGUAGUGGAUCAUCCCAAGAAGAACUCGUCGAAGUCGUAGCCAACGAUAUUUUGUCACGUUUACCGCCGAACUUUGACAUGGAAGUCGCGCAGAUCCGAUACCCAGUGCGUUGGGACGAGUCGAUGAACACGGUGCUCUGUCAAGAACUCGUACGCUUCAACAACCUCAUGUCAACUAUCCGCUCGAGUCUUGAAAGCUUGCAGAAAGCCUUAAAAGGCCUCGUGGUCAUGUCGGCAGAGCUCGAAAAUGUAUCCAAGAGCUUGUUCUAUGGAAAAAUCCCAGCACUGUGGGCGUCCAAGUCGUACCCUUCGCUGAAGCCACUCGGUAGCUACGUGACGGACUUACUGGAGCGCAUUGCGUUCUUCAACACGUGGCUACUGGAAAAACCUCCGGUUGUGUUUUGGAUCUCAGGUUUCUUCUUCACGCAAGCGUUCUUGACUGGUGCCAGUCAGAACUACGCGCGAAAAUACACUUUGCCAAUUGAUCAGCUGGGGUUCGACCACGAACCGAUGCCACGGAAUGACUACGCACAGCCACCAAAGGACGGUGUGUAUGUGCGCGGGUUGUUCCUCGAAGGUGCCAAAUGGGAUAAGACAACGCAUGAGUUGGGAGAAUCAGAUCCGAAGGUGCUGUUUUCGUUGGCACCGGUGCUGCUUUUCCGACCAGUGAAGAAGACCGAAAUGAGUCAACGGAGCUCGUAUUCGUGUCCAGUUUACAAAACGAGGUGCGUUUUCUGGAAGUUUUGCUGUACAAGUGAGGUCAUCCUAACUUUUUACAAUUCUUGUUAGCGAGCGACGAGGUACACUGUCAACCACAGGCCACUCGACGAACUUCAUCUGCUUCAUUCGCUUGCCAACAAGCAGGCCAGAGGCGCAUUGGGUCGCACGUGGCGUGGCCAUGCUGUCCCAAUUGGAUGACUAG